ACGGAGUAGCCAUGGAAACCACGCGAGAGCGAGGCAGCUGCUGGAGUUCUCACACAGCGAGUGUUUCCGCUCACCUCCAAUAAAGAAGUGACGAGCCGAGGACGACGAACAACGAAGCUCGGGGAGGAGAAAAAAAAACAGACGACAAAGACGGAACCAUUUGUCGAUAUUUCGACACCUUUUCCGUCGUGUGUGUCCCCGCUUAACGCUUCAUGCUUCGAAUGUGAGACGGGAGAGGGGGGACUCGCUGCUGGGAACCUUUUGUCGACAGGUUAAGCCGUAGAGGACUCUCGCCGGCCGUCGGAGGAAAACAUGUGCAAUGGAAUGGUAGCGUUUCAGACGAGAGACCCUUCCUCUUCCUCCUCUUCCCUCGCAGGCAGGCUGGCCUUCCCUGCGCUCCUCCUCCUCUUCACUGUGCUCCCUCAUGGCCGCGCAUCAGGUUGUGCGCGGCCUUCUGAUGUGCAGAAUGGAGACCUGCUUAACCAGACCGAGGCCAACAGGGACUCCUUUCCUCCGGGCACUGUUCUGACCUAUGGCUGUGAGCCUGGAUACACUGCAGACGGCCCUACCAGCAUCACCUGUGCCGAUUCUGGUUCUGGAUCCUGGUCCCAUCAACCACGCUGCGUUCGGAGCAAUGUGUGUUCGCCCCCCACUGAACCGGAAAAUGGCGGCUACCGCUGUCACCCGCCGUCCUGCCACCACCUCACCCACAAGACCGUCAUCGAGUACUUCUGUGACGAGGGCUACGCUCUGAAAGCAGACUACAAGUUCCUCACCUGUCUGAACGGCGAUUGGGACGCUCCCAUGCAGAUUAGCUGUCGACUCACGCAAGACAAGGAGCCAAGCUCCCCUCUUGGCAUACCUGCUCUGUCUAUUGUGGCGUCCACUGCGAGCUCAGUGGCACUCAUCCUGCUUUUAGUUGUGCUGUUUGUUCUCGUGCAGCCAAAACUCAAGUCGUUCCAUCACAGCAGGAGGGAGCAAGGAGUCUCAGGCCAGUCUGGUUCCAUCAUGGUCGAGGGCGUUCAGGUGGCACUGCCUUCCUACGAAGAGGCUGUGUAUGGAAACGGUUCGGGCCCACCUCCUCCUCCGCCGCCUCCCCUGGCUCCUCCCGAGUCCAGAGUUCCAAUCGUUCUGUCCGAGGGACUCCCUCAGGGGGCCGCAGGAGGCCAAGGCUCUAGCCGAAGCCGCCAGCAUAGAGACUUAGACUUCUGUCUCCCAUCCACCUCGUCCUCGUUCCCCUCCCACCAUCGUGCAGAGACUGUGCUUGUGCAUGAGGCCCCUUCAUCGUCCUCUUCUUCCUUAUCUUCGUGGGCUAGAGAGCACCCUGGGGGUGCUUGUGCAGCCCCUCUACCUCUACGUAGAGACUCCGAGAGCAGCGACCAGCACAGUCUUCUCUCCGUCACCUCUGCAGAUGACUUUUCUGACGAUAUUCCUCUGCUGAAGGAAGCAUGAAGCAGUCCCCUGUCUCCCUCUGCUGACCAGGACCGAGUGUGGCUGUCACCUCCCUCCCUCAAAAAAAAAAAACACCCCUCAAAGGCCAGCAGAGACAAGGACUAUGCCCCGGCAAAAAAAAAAACAAAAAAAACCAUCAUUGUCCGUUGCUAGCGACGCAGAGCAAAGCCAUCAGCCAGUACUUCCCGCAGGAGCGCCACAGGAUCUAAGUCGGAGCGUAAAAAUCCUUUGUAUCAAACAUAUUGAGUCAAGGCGGCGUGCUUCAGGCUCUGUAUCACCGUGCACAUGCUCCAUCGGAUGUUCCUGGCACCGCCGCGUCCUCACUUGUCUUCCCGCUCUACUUGAAGAGUUGUGAGUGACAGUUGGAUGUUGUCGGCCGUCUUUGAGAAUGCUGCAUGUUGGAUUUUUGUUUUUUGAUAUAUAUAUAAAUAUAUAUAUAUAUACAGUAUAGUGAUGUCUUUCACUGCACCGUGGCCCACUCUGAAUAACGCAUGAAGCCUCUUCUGUGUGUCUCUCUCGGCAUCCACAACCUAAGAGCUGCGUUGGAACUUUUUCCCCAGACCACAAAGAAGGCUUUUCUAUGCGCCCCACAUGGGAUUUCUUCUUUGGCAUGAGUAAGGAUUGUUGUUUUGCUUCCAAGGAGCAAUGAAGACGCAACCGGACUCGUACGCAAGAAGCGAGACACGGCGAUACGCCAGUUGGGAGGCUGAUUGGUCAUGACUUAAAACAAAAUAUCCUUUCCUGCUGUAUUUAUUGUGUCACUUUGUUUUGCUUUGGUGAGUCUGACUUGUGAGUGUAUGCAUCUUUGUGUGUGUGUGAGCAGGAUUUAGUAACAGCCCUCCCACCCCUCUGAAGAUAUAGUCUAUCUCCACGACAUCCCAUGUUGCUUGGCAUAUAAGAAAACACAAACAAUCAAGCACAUGCGUAUUAAUAAUCAAUAUUCAUCAUUUGUGGUGACUGGCGCCUCCCUGGAGUAAUGGCGGAAAACACCACACAAUUAUUGACAUAACUGCAACUGGUUGCAGUGAAAUAAAUAUGUUUUGUUGUCCCCAGCACAUAAUACAGUACCUUCCAGAGCCGAGAGAAUCAUGUUUUAUGUCGCCGCUCAGUGGCGACCACACACAUCUCCCUAGAAGGUCUUAAUCAUUUUUCAGUCGAACCCCAUGUGAGAUAUCUUGAUCUUUUGUGGCGCUUUUAUUAUUAUUGCUAACAGAAUGUUGCCUUACACCUGUACAUUGUUUUUUCUCCGUGUAUUAUCUUAAAGCAUCGGCAUUGGUUGUGUCUCACUAUUUGUUGUCCCUAAAGGCCUUACUCUAUUCUUUUCUAUUCUAUGCAUACAAUUGUUUAUUUAUCAGUCUUUUUUUGUUGUCCAUCUUUUUCUGUUCUCACUUUGGUUUCCAGCUACUGUGACAAUGAUUUUUAUGCGCCUCUAUAUGUUUCAUUAUUGCUUUACCUCCCCUUCUGCUACCUGGUGUUAAAAAAUAUUAUGGGGUUAAACUUUUAAAAGAAACAACUAAUGUUGUGUCCAGAGGCACUGUUGUACAGUGUUUAGUUCCUGAAAAUAACAGUCCACAUUUUGGUUUGAAUGCUUUCAGCUUCUGAUCUUCCCCUGUAAUGGCAGUGGGUGUGAGAAUAGUAAUUUAAUAUUUGUAAAAAGUUUAAUUUAAUUUUACAGUGUGUAUAUAACUUUCUAAUUAAAAGCUUUCUUUUGAA